GCGGGCUGGGCGUUGGGUCUUCUACCCCUUGAAAGAGCGGCUCAGCGAGCGUCGUCGACUUCUAUGUAGCUCUGAUUACGAGCGCUGUGGCUCCUGCCCCCGCCGCGUCUUCUGGGCGACCGGAAGCGGAACUAGCUGGAGCCGUGCCUCAGGCCGGUUGAUACCCGGAAGCAGCCCGGGCGAUGGCGGCUGGUCGGAGUUUGAGUCGCUCGGAGCGGAAAGCGGCAGCUCGCGCCGAGUUCCUCCGACAAGAAGAGCAGCGAGAGCGACGGAGACAGGUUUCUCGCAUCCUGCACAAGCCGGCGGCGGAGCGGAGCCCCGACGAGGCUGUGCUUUUGUCUGGGAGUCAGGAAAUCGUGCGGGAUCUGGAGCGGCUUCGCAAGAAGCGCGAGAGGCUGCGGCGCCGGCUGGAGGAGGUGUGUGAUGAACCUGAAGAGUUGAAGAAAAAAGUUACCAAACUCUCUGCAGUUGUGCGUGCAGCUAAGCAUCUCAUCAUAUAUACAGGAGCUGGCAUCAGCACGGCAGCUUCGAUUCCUGACUACAGAGGCCCAAAUGGGGUGUGGACAAUGCUGCAGAAAGGAAGGAGUAUCAGGGCUGCAGAUCUGAGUGAAGCAGAGCCCACGCUCACCCACAUGAGCAUCGCCUGUUUGCACAAGCAUAAACUGGUGCAGCAUGUGGUGUCACAGAACUGUGAUGGGCUCCACUUGCGCAGUGGGCUUCCUCGGGAAGCCUUAUCUGAGCUGCAUGGAAACAUGUACAUCGAGGUUUGCACGUCCUGUACGCCCAAUCGUGAAUAUGUGCGAGUGUUUGAUGUGACAGAACGCACAGCCCUGCAUAGACACCAUACUGGCAGAAUGUGCCACAAAUGCGGAGCACAGCUAAGAGAUACAAUUGUACACUUUGGAGAGAAAGGCACCUUACAGCAGCCCUUGAACUGGGAAGCAGCAACAGAAGCUGCAAGCAAAGCAGAUGUGAUCCUUUGCUUGGGGUCCAGCUUGAAGGUUUUGAAAAAGUAUCCACAUUUGUGGUGCAUGAGCAAGCCACCCAGGCACCGCCCAAAACUCUAUAUUGUAAAUCUCCAGUGGACUCCAAAAGAUGAUCUGGCAGCCCUGAAACUUCAUGGGAAAUGCGAUGAUGUGAUGAAACUGUUGAUGGAUGAGCUGGGAUUUCCUAUCCCUCGUUAUGAAAGAACACAGGACCCCAUAUUCUCUCUGGCUGUUCCACUGAGACCUGAAGAAGAAGGUAGCCAUAGCCGGAAACCUGUGGCCCCCCCAGCAGGUCUUCAUGAAGUGCAAUUGGAGGAGCAAAAGCAAAUUUCUGCAGGUCCCCUUGCUGGUGGCUGGUUUGGCAGAGGCUGUGCAAAAGGCACAAAGAGGAAAAAACCGUCUUGACUAUGGACACUUUAUUUUUAACCUUGAGGACCAACUGAAGUUGCUCAAAUCAGGACAAAAAUAUCACAUCUGCACUGGAUUUGACCAGGAUUGCUGGGCUAACUGGAAAAAAAAUCCACAGCUGCUAUUUUCAUAGAUGUUUUGUAUAAAUAGCUUGAGAACAGCUAAGAGGCCAAAGCCUUCCUUGGAUUCUGCUGUCUGAGGAGAGGUUGGCCUUUGAUACUCAGGGCUGCCCAUUAUUAAAUACUAUAGAAAUUAUAA